GCCCCGCCCCCUAGCGUUACUUCGCUUUCAAGACCGAUCAUCUUCUCCUCCGCCUGAACUUCCGUUGAGCCGCAAGUGGGCAGUGGUGCUUUUAUCUCCUUCAAGCAUAAAGCCAAAACCCCAUCAAAUCAUUGCCCCUUGAGAAAGGAAAAACCGGAAAUUCCAAAAACCAUCCCCACCCUUCCCCUCUCCAUCUCCGUCCGUCCGUCCGUCUGUCCGUCUCUCUCUCUCUCUCUCUCUCGCUAGCAGUCAGUCUAUUCAGAACACCGAGUGAACUUCGGGGGCCCUUGAGCUUUUCUGCUGCAAUGGAGGAGGCAGCAUAAGGAGGAAGAAGGUAAACGGAGGCGGGCCGUCAUGGGUAAUUGCGUCACUGUUCCCAGGAACCAGAACUCCGCCGCCGUGAAGCUCGAUCUGUCCGUGGCCUCCGAGACCGGCGGCGGCGUCCCGGUUCAGGAAGCGAGCGCCGAUGCUCUGAAUUCAGUGGCCGAAGCUGGCCCGAAGCCGCAGGCCGCCCCGCCUGCGACGAGCUUCCGCGAGCUCGGUACCAAGGAGGAGAUGUUUUUCGAGUCUCAAGCCUGGUGGGAGUCCGACUGCGAAGAUUAUUUCAGCGUGUGCGAUGAUGCAACCCCAUCUUGCGGCAGCUCUCCAAUCCACCCGAGAAGCUCUUUCGGAAAUGUGCCAGUGAAUAAGUCUCUUCAGACAGAUGGAGCGCUUAAUUCCGUGCAGCCCCUGCCGACUGAGCCCAAGAAGCUGCUUUUUGAGCUUUUUCAGGAAAGUUUUAAUGCUGAUGCUAAGUCAGGUGUUAUGGCAUUCCCUACCGAGUCCCCGGUGAAAAGCCCAUUCAGUCUCCGGAGGAAUUCUGCCUACAGUGUGGAUGGGACCCCAAACCGAUCUUCGAAAACAGCAAAGGUGAAAUCCGGAUCAUCUUCACAGCGCUGCCUACCAGAUUUGGUAAGAAACCUGAGUUUUCGCGAGAUGAAGAAGAGGAUGAGCCCCAGCCAUGGUGGUGGAAGCAACCCAAAGCCUCGACAGGUCGAUAGCACACUUGCUUAGCAUUGCUUUAAUCGACUUAAAACUGUAAAAAGCUUCCAAAUAUCUAGUCUGUUAGACUUUUAAGGCAAACGGACUUCUAUAGCGAAACUUGGUGUGUAACUACUAGGCAAACUCCUGUGCAUUUUUUUGAGUGACGGCUCCCAAAAUUUCCCAAAGUAUCAUGACUAAGAAUUUGCUGGUGUCGGAUGGUGACUAUGCAUUACCGGCCGCUUUAUUGCACCUCAAUUUUAUCUCACAAGGCAAGCUUGUGUAUGAGCCUAUGAGGGUAUUAUCCAUGUAACUCUGUUGUUGGAGUGGAUGUCCCGGACAGUAAUUGGAAUAAGGGGACAGUCUUUUAAGCC